AUGUGUAGUGGUUUCGUAAAAUUGCCAGGCGUUCGCGAGAAUCACCAGAGUAAAUUGCUUGUUUCAGAGCGUAUCAGCAACGUUGACGAAGAGUUAGCGGACUUCUACCUCCAUGACAAUCUUCCUCCGGUAGCCACUCUCAAGGUGACGAGUAACACGCGCCUGACCUGCCUGAGUGAUUUAUUCAUUUUAGUACAGGCUGCUAUCCGACGAACGGUUAUCAAGCGCCACUUCGUUCCAGUAUUUCUCGGUUCUGCUUUGAAGAACAAAGGAAUACAGCCUCUUCUCGACUGCAUCGUCGACUAUCUUCCAAAUCCAGGUGAAGUCAAGAACGAAGCGAAUUUUGAAUUAGAGAGCAAAGAAGUAACGCGGAUUAUUCUGAACCCGGAAAGAUCCGACCGACAUCCGUUUGUUGGUCUUGCUUUCAAACUUGAGGCCGGCAAGCACGGGCAGUUGACGUAUUUCCGCGUUUAUCAGGGAAAGGUGGCACGCGGUGAUCAAAUAUUGAACAGUCGUCUGAAAAAACGGGUCAGGGUACAACGGUUAGUGCGAAUGCACGCAAACAGGAUGGAGGAUAUCGAUUACGCUUUGGCAGGCGAUAUCUGUGCGAUGUUUGGUGUGGAUUGCGCUUCUGGUGACACGUUUAUUUCUCUGAACGCCGGAAACAUCGCUUUGGAGAACAUCCAUGUACCAGAGCCAGUUGUGUCAUUGUCGAUUACUCCUAAAAGCCUGAAGGACAGUGACAACUUUUUGAAGGCACUGAGCAGGUUUGUCAAAGAAGAUCCAACGCUCAAGAAAGAGUAUAAUGUGGAGUCAAAAGAGACGAUCGUGUCCGGCAUGGGCGAGUUACAGUUGGAGAUCUACGCGCAGAGGAUGAAGUCUGAGUACAGCUGCGAGGUUGUGCUUGGAAAGCCGAAAGUCGCAUUUCGCGAAACUCUCGUUGCCGAUUGUCCGUUCGACUACUGGCACCGAAAACAGACUGGUGGUCAUGGCCAGUACGGUCGCGUGAUUGGCGUUUGUGAGCCCCUGACCGCUGCUCAGCAGCUUGAUCUGGAGUUCGUUGACGAAUGCGUCGGCACUAACGUCCCGAAGCCAUUUAUGCCGGCCAUCGAAAGGGGUUUUCGGGAGGCGUGCGAACGUGGUCCCCUCAUCGGUGCAAAGGUAGUUGGUGUUCGGUUUCGCUUGCAAGAUGGUGCCCAUCACAUCGUCGACUCAUCGGAUUUUGCUUUCUGUAUAGCGUCGAAAUUCGCGAUGCAAGACGGUAAAAAAAUGUUCCCAUACGAUUCUCGUGCGUUGUCUAUGCAGUAUAAUAUUGGCUGCACAUAUGUCAAUCUUGAGAAGUUACAGAAAAUUAUUCUCACCGGCGGCAUUGAAAACUAGCA